UCAACACGCCUAACCAUGCCAUUACGUCAGGGAGUUUCUAUGGGAGAUGCGAAAAUAAGAUUAUUGGCAAUCGAAAGGCUCAAGGUCGCCGGUUCACCACGAUGGAAGCAGGUGAAGAGAUCGAGGACGGUGAACCAUCCACACCCACCUACAAGGCUCAUCAUCCUCCUCCCCACCUCCCGCCGCCGAUGAGGUCGUCCGGCGUCAGCCUGGUCCUGUCGGUCGCCGACCUCGUCCUCCGGUUCGUCGCCAUCGGCGGCACGGCCGGCAGCGCCAUCGCCAUGGCCACCACGAGUGAGACGCUCCCCUUCGCCGCGCCGUUCGUCCGGUUCAGGGCGGAGUACAGCGACCUCCCAACGUUAAUGUUCUUCGUGGUGGCGAGCUCGGUGGUGUGCGCGUACCUCGUGCUGUCGCUGCCGGCGUCCGUCGUGCACGUCGUCAGGCCCGGGGCGAGGAGCAGCCGCGCCAUCCUGGCAUUUCUCGACACGGUGAUGCUUGCGCUGCUGACGGCCAGCGCGUCGGCGGCGGCGGCGAUCGUGUACCUGGCGCACAGGGGCAGCGCACGGGCCAACUGGCUCGGGAUCUGCCAGCAGUUCACCUCCUUCUGCCAGCGCAUCACGGCGUCGCUCGUCGGCUCGUUCGCCGCCGCCGUCGUGCUCGUCGCCCUCGUCUUCCUCUCCGCGCUCUCGCUGGCGAGGCGCGCCUGAUCGAUACGUGUGUCACUGUAUCAUCCUUAUUUACUUCCGAAUUUGUGAGAUGUGUUGCACAAUACCAUUUGUUUUCUUAAAUUCACAAAUGUUUGUUGACGCAACAUAGCAACACACAUUAUGCGUA